GUGCUUGCCCGGAUACGUGGGGGACCCUCCGCGGGGACAGCCGUGCCAAGUGCCCGGCGUCCCCGGGGGGCAGUGCCAGUGUGACCCGCGCGGCAGCACCGGCGAGGGCUGCGACGCCGACGGGCAGUGCCGCUGCAAGGCCAACGUGGAGGGUCCCCACUGUGCCACCUGCCGUGCCCAUCACUUCCACCUGAGCGGGGCCGAGCCGGCCGGGUGCCUGCCCUGCUUCUGCAUGGGCAUCGUGCAGCACUGCGCCAGCACCGCCCUCGCCCGCGGCACCGUCCGGACGCCCUUCGCCCCGGGGGAUGCCCAGGGGUUCGCCCUGGUGAACAGGCAGCGCAGCACCCGCGUGGGCAGCGGCUUCGGG